AUGUCAGAAAAAGAUCAUUCAAUUUCUUUUAAUGAAAAUGACAAAAUUUCCUCGGGUAAAUCUAUAACUAGCUCUACAAAGAAAGAUUCUUUUUUUUUCGGUAAUCAAACAGUAAUCAGUCCAGAUGGUCAACAAAUUAUCACUUUUGAUCCAGAAACGAGCGGAAUCAAGUUAUAUGGAAUUAAUAAUCUAAGUAAUCCGAUUGGUGGAUUUAAAAGUGAUUUUAAACACCCUUGUUGGUCUUUAGCAAUAUCUAAUUGUGUAAACGAUGACGAAAGUCUUAUCGCUUUAUCUUGUUUCGAUAGAAGAACAUUCGAAAUUCAUGAAAAUAAAAUAGAAUCUAGUGGUGGUAGUGUUAACGAACGUGACUUAGAAUUUAGUGGAGCUAAUAUCCAAUAUGAUGAUCCACAAACAUGGAUUAAGCGAUUCAAACCAUUCGAACAACGUGAACAAUUUGAACAAUUUAAAUUACCCCACCAACUUUCAAAACAACUUUCAAAGAGUCAUUCACUUGAUAAAUGGCAAAAAUCAUUUAAACUCUUACACAAAACUAUUAUUAAAAACUAUUUUAUGGUAUAUUCUUUUGAAAAUCGACAACAAAUCAUUGAAAUGUAUAGUUUAAUCGCUGGUGAUCUAGAGAUGUUAUUUAAACGACAUAAAGCUCCCGACAUAAUUCGAGAUUCUCCAAUCUUUGCCAUCUCUCAAAAUGAAAAAUGUUGGCAUUUUGUCGAAAUAACUACUAAACAACUAGAAGGUCAAAUAAGAAUUUAUAAAAUUCUGGAUAUAAAUUUUAUUGAUGCUGAUAAUAAACUUUUAAUAGUUCUUGAAGAAAAAGAAGAUCGACAACGUAAAAAUUCUAGGAAUCAUCAAAUAUUUGUAGUAUGGGAUUUAUUUACCACCUUUAAAAAUUAUAUACGUCAAACUGACUAUCCCAAAACCAAGAAACCCCUAAAAAUGGAUCUCACAUAUAGAUUAAUGAAUUCUCAUGGGGAGGUGUUUGCGAUUAGAGACAGUGAAGACAAUCCAAAUGAAGAUGUGGAUUCAAUUAGAGAUUCUUCAGUGAAGGCAAUAACAGAAAUUGACAUUCCUACGAAUGGCGUCGAUCGUGUAAUUUAUACAGUAGAUGGGAAAAUAUGUGAUCAAAUGGAUCAAAUGAUUAUAAAUAAAGUUGAACCAUGGCAUCUAAACAAAAAUUAUUUUCGAAUAUCAGUUUUCUUGGAUUCUGCCAAAAGUACUCAACUUAUUAUAUCGCAUAACACUAUACAAGUAUGGAAAUUGAAAUAUCGUAGUAAUUAUAAAGAACGAAUAUUAGAAUACAUUUCGGCUCGAAAUAAAGAGAUGAAAGUUCAAAAACUAAGAGUUGGAGAACGAGAAUUUGAGUUAAGAGUUUCUGUGCCUUCUAAAGAACUUCACACAGCAAAAAUAAUGACGAUACACUGGCCAAAUAAUGUAAAUGUUCUUGAAGCGGCAUGUCGAUCACUUUUUGUAUUAGGAAAGAAAAAGCAUGAACAUUCCAUAACCAGUUUCGCGGAUGUCAAUCGAAUGAAAUAUUUGGUUGAAUGUACACAAAAAUUAAUACGAAGAUAUAUUACGAAAUAUGGAAUAUUUAGAUUAACAAGUAUUAGAUAUCCAAUUAUGAAAUAUCUUAUUAAAAGUGAUCAAGAAAGUUUAAUAAGACAUAUUUUAAAAAAGAAAAUUGAUAAAAAAAAUAGUAAUAUAUAUAUUCCGAGUUUAUGUAAAUGGAAGGUCUAUGAAGAUAAAAAAAGUUCAACGACCGAAAGAUCAAAGUCAGAUUUGCAUCAUGCUAUUAAAUGUACUCAAGAAAGAGGAGAUUCUACAGUAAUUUUAAAAUAUUUGAUAGAUUAUUAUGCUGAUAAUACUAAAGAAUAUAAUAAUCAUGGUUGGAUGUUCACUGUAAGCAAAGCAAUACCUUUAUUAUAUGAUAAUAAUUUAAGUGAAUUUGUUCGAUAUUUGUUCAAAAAACCAUGUUUUGGGAUUACUGAAGCUUAUACCCCACCAUUACAUAUUACUCCUUAUGAUAAAAAAAGAGGAAAUAACACAUCGGUGAUGCAUUCUUUGGUAGUAAAACCCCGUCUUGCAUCAAAUUUCUAUCAUACUCUAUGGUUUUUCUUAAAAGACCCAUUUACAAGUGUUUUAAACUUAUAUUAUUGGUUUCAAACUUCAAGUAAUGAUCGUAAAGUUUAUAUAGCUCCAUUAUUUGAUUUUACAGCAAAUCCCAAAGAUCCCAACCUCAUUCUUUGGGUUCUAUAUACAAUUUUUUGGCCGCGUAGAAAAGUUAUUAAUAAACCUGAAGAAAUGAAUCCUUUCCUUCGUGUUAUUUAUGAAGAGAACGGUUGUGAAAUCUAUCAGACACCUACAAUUUUGGCAUUCUUAGAUCUUAAAUGGCCAGCUGCCCGUCGAUAUUUUAUUCCGUCUACAGCUUUAGUUACGUGGACUCAAUUGGUAGGCCUAUUUUGUCCAGGACGUUUUAUUUAUAUAAUUAGAAGUAUUAUGAGAAUUAUUUGGCCAUUCUUGGUGGUCAUGUUCAUUCUUCUUAAUCAUGGGAAUGACUUACAAAUUCCUACUUAUAAAAUUAAUGACACUUCGAAUUCAAACUUGUACUCAAAUAUAACAAUUUAUCAGAAUGUUGAUAAAUCUUCCCGACCUGAUAAUUAUUAUUCACAUUUCCUCACAUCGAUAGAAGCCGUAUUAUUUUGGACAAAUGGACGAUGGGAUCAAUUAGACAAUGGGACAGUUACGCUUGAUGAAUUUGAUGGAGCAAAUAAAAAAAGCCGUGCGGAAACUUUUAGAAGUCGCGCUAAAAUUAUUGCUAAAUAUGAAUUAAAAGUUGUUACUUCUAAAUCAAGCAAAAAAUUAUUAAAGGAUGUUAAUUGUAAUAAAAUAAGUAAUGAACCUUUAUACGAAAAUCCAGGUCCUACAAAUGUUGAUGAAAAAUUUAAAAACCUGGAAAAUAAAUUUGAAAAAAAAUUUAAUAACCUGGAAAAUGAAUUUAACAAAUUUACAAAGAAAUUUGACGAAAAUUUAGAAACUAUAUUGAAAACUUUAAACAAUCUAAAUAAUCCCAAAUAG